AUGGCGCGCUACACGGUGGCCUUCCAGGGCGAAAGGGGUGAGCAAGCAGUUUACGAGCUGCUUGGAAGAACCGGAAUACAGUGUACGGGCUAUCCUUCCUUCGACGAUGCGUUCACCGCAGUCAGCACUGGGAAGAUGAAUCUUCUCAUGGUUCCCAUUGAGAACACCCUGGGUGGCACCAUACAUGCCAACUGCGACCUACAGCUUCAACACAACUUGUUCAUCAUCGCCGAACACAGCUUGCGAGUCCGGCACGCGCUCCUGGCACUGCCUGGCACCAAGAAGGAAAGCCUGGCAAAGGCAAUCAGCCAUCCACAGGCCCUGGCCCAGUGCAGCUCCUACUUGAAGAAGCAAGGAAUUGUGGCAGAGGCAGCAUAUGACACUGCCGGCAGCGCAAAGCUUAUCGCUGAAGGUAAAUUGGAGGGGGUGGCGGCCAUCUGCAGCGAACUGGCAGCAGAGCACUACGGCCUCGAAGUCCUGGACAAAGGAAUUGAAGACGAUGACAACAACUUCACACGGUUUCUGCUGCUGAGAUCCGAGCCGGUCUCGGUACCUCCUGGCGUGAAAUGCAAGACCUCCGUUGUCUUCUCUUUGGAGAACAUGGCAGGCUCCCUGUUCAAAGCCCUGUCGGUCUUUGCUCUGCGGGAGAUCGACCUGACGAAGAUCGAGAGCCGGCCUUGCAAGCCGGACAUCAUGUCGAGCCUCGAGCGCAUGUACAUGAGCAUGCGUGUGGCCCCACCUGCAAAGCGAGCAAGGACAGAGGGCUCGGUAGGCGAGGCCCGCUUCCGCUAUCUCUUUUACGUGGACUUCCUGGCCAAUGUGGAUGAGCACAAUGUCACGAACGCUCUGCGGCACUUGCAGGAGAUGACCGUGUUCUUCAGAGUGUUGGGAUCCUUCCCGCAGGGCGGGGCCCUUGUCGGCCUUGCGCACCUGGAAGACCGAAUGGUUCCGAUUUUCCGUCCAGCCACCGAGCCAAAGAAACGCAUCGGGGUCCUGGGCUUCGGCACCUUCGGUCAAUUCAUCGGAAAGAAGCUAGCGCUGGACCACUUCGUGUUUGCAGCCAGCCGGGAGAAUUACUCCGAAAUAGCAGCAAAUUGCGGUGUGACCUGGUGUGAUUCAAUAGACCAACUCUUGGAUCAGCAGCUUGACGUGCUAAUUAUUUCUGUGAGCAUUCUCAGCUUUGAGGGCAUGGUGCGGCGGAUUUGUAACUGCAUUGCCUCCAAAGACGCUGCUCAUGGGUCUCGGAAGAUGCUGGUGGUAGACGUACUCUCAGUGAAGGUGCAUGCAAAGACAACCCUGGCGGCCCUUCUGCCAGAAACGUGCGACAUUUUGUGCACGCAUCCGAUGUUCGGUCCACAAAGUGGCAAGCACGGCUGGAGCGGGUUGCCCUUCGUUUUCGAGCGGGUGAGGCUCAACAAUGCCAGGAGGUGUGAGGAGUUUCUCAAGUGGUGGACAAGUCAAGGAUGCCGGAUGGUGGAUAUGACGUGCGAGCUGCAUGACGAAGUGGCCGCCGGCAGCCAAUUCGUCACGCAUUUCACUGGCCGGGUGCUGGAACGCCUUGCCUUAAGCAGCGGGCCCAUCAACACGAAGGGUUUCGAGUCGUUGCUGCAGCUGGUGGAGAACACAUCCAGAGACAGCUUUGACCUCUUCUAUGCGCUAUUCAAGUUCAACCCGAACUCAUCCCAACAGCUGAGUUCGAUGGAACAGGCCGUGCAGGACCUGCUCGUGAAAGAUUGGACGUCUCUGAGCAGCUUCGAAAAUGUAAGGGAUGAGCCUCGCUCGGCCGUCGCCUCAGCUGGGGCAGCAGCAGGGCCUGCGUUUUGCACCGCCCUGACGAUGUGGAAGCACAUGGUGCCUCAUGUCAAGGUAUUGAAGGCUUUAGACCUCAUAGUGCGCCCUGCUCUUGCAGCAUUUUUGCUCGUGUUCCUGUGCAUUCAUCCCAUCCCAGCCAUGCUGCGCAUCCUGAGCGCAGUUGCUACCGGCAUCGGCUUGUUCACCGACAAGUACAUGCUCGGCGCGACGAAUUUCGUUGAGCAUUAUGCAAAUGAGUUUCACGCAAGCGACUCUCAGAAGGAUUUCGUGAAAGCUGCCAUGUACGCAGGAAGCAUGUUAGGCAUGAUUGUCAUGGGUCCCGUCUCGGACUACAUUGGACGCCGCUUGGGUCUUAUACUGUGCUCCGCUAUCACCUUGCUCGGUGCUCUGCUUUCUGCUCUGGCCUGGAGUGAGAAUGCACUUAUCGCGGCCCGCAUCAUCACCGGACUCGGCAUGGGUGGGGAAUAUCCGCUCGCAUCUGCACACUCUGCGGAGUCGUCCGAAAAGACGAGCGAUGGUGCUCGAAACGUUGCCCUACUGUACCUGUUCGGAAGCGGCUUUGGCCAGGCAUUGUGCCCAUUGGUAACGUACAUCAUGGACGUGUCCGGUGUUCCUCACGAGCUGCUUUGGCGAUGGAUUUUUGGAAUCGGCGUCAUUCUUUCAGCCUCAGGCCUGGCCUUGCGAUACCUAACCACAGAAAACAGCCAGAAGUUCGUGGAAAGCACGACAGCAGAACCGAAGCAUCAGGACAGGAUGUGGACCAUUCUGUCACCGUACUGGCGCGCACUUCUCGGCACUGCCGGGUGCUGGUUCUUCUUUGAUAUCGUCGAGUACGGUCUGAAGCAGAACGACGCAGCGAUCUUUAGUGAGAAUGUCUCUGCCAACUAUGCCGAGAGCAUCCUCCAGGUUUUGUGGAGCCGUCUCCUAGUGAUCCCAUCGCUGAUUUUCGCACCGUGGUGUUUGACCAGGAUCUCCAGCAAAAGCGUUCAGCUCAUUGGCUUCAUCGGAUGUGCGGUGGCCAACCUGAUCUUGGCAGUUGCCUACGAAGAGUUGCGUGAGCUCUCCACCCUCUUUUUCGUGUUCUACGUUUUUCAGCUAUCUUUCCAGAGCCUUCCUGGCAUCACCACAAUGGCAAUUUCUGCAGAGAUUUACCCCAGCAUGGUCCGCGGGACGGCCGCCGGCAUCAGCGCAGCCUGCGGGAAACUCGGAGCCACAGUUGGUUCCUACAUAUUGUCUGAGCUGAAAAACCUCGGGGAAAUCAGAGGAAUCUUUUGGAGUGUCUGCGCCACCUCAGCUUUGGCCAUGUUGCUUACAGCCCUCAGCACCCCUUACUACAACGGGAGCACGCUUGACUCGGCUGACAAGCUAGCUCGCGACGGAAAACCGAGGCAGGCCGUGAAGAUGCUCUACAGCCGUCCGAUCGCAAGCCAAGAUCGGUCAGCAGCUUUGCCGGGGCAUCAUGCCGCAUGUGAGACGUCGGUGGUCGUCAGCCCUGACAGCAACUAUCAGAGCAGAGCCAUCAAGAUAGACCUCAGGCCGGGAAAGCGCCUUACGGAGCUCCAGGCCAAGAUUUGGGAGGAGCUCGGGAUCUCUGUCGUCGAUGGCCGUGCCGCGGUGGCGCGCAUCCCGGCAUCGGGCCAGGCCACCAGCGCUGUGGCCAAGUCGUCCUUGCCCGCGUUGAAGCAGGCUUUUGUGGCCGCCACGGAUGCCGUGUAUCUGCAGUGCCUGGAAGACAGGCGGCCGGAUGUCCUUCAGAAGGAGGGCAGGAUGUCCCGGAGUGUUGUUCUGGAGUUCUUGGAUGCCUGCAAUGUGAAGAUGGACACGGCCGAGGUGCAAGACAAGCUGCGGCGCAAGAUCCACGAAACAGGGGCUUUGCCCGAGACCGUGGCGAAUGAAGUGCAUGACGAGGUCAUGGAACUUCUGGGCUUUGAGAGUGCGUACGGGCAUUCUUGCUUUGCUGAAUUUGGCACUUCACAGGAGUUUGCUCAUGACAAAGACGUUGCCACAGCCUAUGCGAGAUGGCGUGGGCAUUCCAGUGAGAUAAUGUUCAAGCUUCUCUACGAUCACUGGCACAGUGGUGGUGUGCUGCACGUCGACGCAGUUGUGAAACACCAGAUGAUGAAGCACGGGGCGAAGGUCCAGUUGAAUCAGAUGUCGACUGACGAGCGCCGGCAGCUGCUGGAGUCCAGCAUCGACAAGGUCAACGUCUUCCACAAACUGCCGCACGAUGGGCGACAACGCUACUUGGAGCGGCUGGAUGACCAGGAGAUGCUGGAGUUCACGAAAGCUGAGAUCUUAGUGGCCACCUUGGUGCAAAGUCGCCACCAUACGCACCGGACGGAGUGA